CCUGGAACGGUGGCUAUAUGUUUGUAGUUUUCGAGGGCAAUGCUCUUGGAUCUGUACCAUAACUGAAUAACUUCCUAAAGCUGGGUUCUCUCUGCACUUUCAUUCCCCCAUUUCUGGCAGACAGCAAAUUCAAAACUAUCUCCAGGAUGAGUUCUGAUUUAAAUGUACGAGGCAUGGUUAGUCUGUUUGAAGAUGACAAAUAUUGGUGGUGAUGGUGAAGAAGGUUAUCAAAAAAUUGCAAGAGAAUCUUGAUCAGGUGGGUCGAGGAAUGGCGUUCAAUCCAGUGAUGCGGCUGUUUGGUCGGUGCUGAUGUGGAGUCACAGAUGGAGAGCCAUGCCCCCCAUUAGCGAGGUCUGGAAGUACGUCACCCGGAGAGAUGAUAAGACCAUUGUGUGCAACAUGUGCGGCUCACAGCUGGCCUGUUCGGGCAGUGCCACUGUGCUGCGGUUACAUCUGCAACGCAACCAUCGCAUUCACUUCACAGAAGAGACUGAUUGCAGUAACCUGCAGGGAGCCGACAGCACCACAGAGAAGAUUCCCUGUGCCAAGGAGCGGACUCCGAAGAUCACUGAACUUAUUGGCAUUGAUAGUCCUGUAACCCGCACAUCUCAAAGCAGUAAGAGGAUUUCUGACAUGCUGCGGGAGUGUGCAGCCCGGCUGGAGGAGGGUGAGGAGUUGGAACAACACUCCAUCCUGGGAGUUGAAGAUGCCCACACUGCAUUAACUGAAGACGAGCUCUCCAUGGUGCUGCGCUCCUACCAGGUGUCCGGCGGGGGGAGGCGCCGAGCGGCCGAGCUGAGCCUGCAGCGGGCGGCGCCGGCGAGCUGCCCGGACCGGGAGCGGGACCGGGCGCAGACCUGGGACUUCUUCAAGAAGCUGAACCAGCGGUGCGUGCAGUGCAGCCUGUGCCGCAAGCAGCUGUGCUACCACAACAGCACGGCCAGCCUGCGGGAGCACCUGCGGCGCCGGCACCAGCUCGGGGAGCUGGAGGCGCGGCAACUCCCGGACGACGGCUCCUCGUCCUCCGAGUCGCUGGGGCAGGAGCCCGAGGUGAAGCGGGCGGCGGUGGGCGGCUCGGAGCCGGCGCUGCCGGGCGCCAGGGCGGGCGCCGAGAAGCGGGAGGAGCUGCUGGACGACCUGAUCGCGGGCAUGGUGUUCCGGGACCUGCAGCCGCUGUCUCUGGUCACCGAGGACGGCUUCAGGCGGCUGCUGCGCUUCCUGCAGCCCGACUACCGGGUGCCGUCGGUGGCGCAGCUGUCGGCCCAACUCCGGCACCAGUACACCCUCUGCAAGGUGCGGCUGGAGCGCCAGCUCCGCUCCGUGCCCUCGCUGGCGCUCUCCACCCACGGCUGGAGCACGCCCGCCCGCCACGGCUACCUCACCGUCUUCGCCCACUUCAUCGACGGCGGCUGGAGCCCGGCGCGCUGCGUGUUGCGGACCGGCCGGGCGGGCGCGGGCGCCUCCCGGGAGCUGCUGCGCUCCGCCCUCGCCGACUUCGGGCUGCCCGGCCGGGCGGUCAGCUGCGUGGUGCAUGAGGGUGCGCCGGGCGCUGCGGGCGGCGGGGAGCGGCUGGCGCCCGGCUGCCGGCACCUGUGCUGCGCCGGGCGGACCCUGCAGCAGUGCGUCCGGCACGGGCUGCAGCUGGAGGCGGUGCAGCGGGCGCUGGCCGCCGCCCGCCGCCUGGUCGCCCACUUCCAGCGGAGCGGGCGCGCCUCCGCCCGCCUGGCGCAGGGCGGCGGGGAGGCGCCGGAGCCGCUAGUGCUGGACACCGCCUCCCGCUGGGACACCACGGCGGAGAUGUGCCGGCGGCUGGUGAGGGCGCGCCGGGCGGUGCGGGCGGCGCUGGAGGAGGAGCGGGCGGAGCAGGGCGAGGAGGAGCCGCCGGUCGCCAACCUGACCGAGCCGCAGUGGGAGCUGCUGGGCGCCCUGCUGCCCGUCCUCAAGCCGCUGCAGGUGGCCCUGAGCUUCCUGGGCGAGCGGCAGAACGCGGCCGCCUCCGCCCUGCUGCCCUGCCUGCACGGCGUGGUCUCCGCCCUCGCUCAGCACCCGGCCGAGCCCGGCUGCCCGGCCGGCGCCGUGGGCGCCCGCAUCCGCGCCGAGAUCAGCCAGCGCUGGCACCUGCAGGAGGAGGGCGAGCUGCUCGCCCACCCCGCCGCCCUCGCCUCCUUCCUCGACCCCCGCUUCAAGGACCUGCGCUUCCUGGGCGCCCGCGCCCGCGACCAGCUGCAGCGGCGGGUCAAGGCGCUGCUGUCGGCCGGUGUGCCCGAGCCGGGCUCCCCGGCGGGCGAGCGGCGCCCGGAGCCGGGCUCCCCGGCGGGCGAGCGGCGCCCGGAGCCGGGCUCCCGGCGGACCAGCGGCGCCCGGAGCCGGGCUCCCCGGCGGGCCAGCGGCGCCCGGAGCGGGCGCACCCCCAGCCCAGUGAAUACGACCUGCUGUUUGGCGAGGACCUGGUGCACCGGCUCCCGGAGGUGGACCAGCAGCUGGACGGUUACCUGGCGGAGCCGCUCCGCCGGCGGGACACCGACCCCUUCCUCUGGUGGCGGGACAACGCGCACCGCUUCCCCGCCCUCGCCGGGCUGGCCCGCCGCUACCUGGCCGUACCGGCCACCGCCGUGCCCGCCGGCCGCCCGUUCCUGGGCUCCGGCCGGCUGCCCGACGACGGGCACGACGCGCUGGAGCCCGACGACAUGGACCGCAUCAUCUUCCUGCACAAGAACUUCGACUACAUCGAGCUGCUGAAGUGAGGGCGGGGACCGGGUGUCCGCGCCCCCUCCCCACAGGCAGGCCCUUCGGCCCCCCAGUCCGGACUGACCCACUUCAUUCUCCACACGUUCUCCACCAACUCCCCCCGAGACUCUGCCCCUCAGUCCUAC